AUGCGCACUCCCUUCCGUUGCCUAUGCGCACUCCCUUCCGUCGCCCACACGCACUCCCUUCCGUCGCCCACACGCACUCCCUUCCGUCGCCCACACGUACUCCCUUCCGUCGCCCACACGCAAUCCCUUCCGGAGCCCAUGCGCACCCCCUUCCGCCGCCCAUGCGCACUCCCUUCCGCCGCCCGUGCGCACUCCCUUCCGCCGCCCAUGCGCACUCCCUUCCGCCGCCCGUGCGCACUCCCCAUCCCUCACCUCCUCAUUCCUCACCUCCUCAUCCCUCAUGUCCUCAUCCUUUAUUUUCCCAUCCCUCAUCACCCCAUCCCUCGCUGCGACACCGUGAGUGGCACCAUUUCCGACCCACCCCAUUCCGCCCCACCCCAUUCCGCCCCACCUCAGUCCGCCCCACCCCAUCUCCUCCUCACCUCUCUCCGCCUCACCCCAUUCCGUCUCAACACGUUCCCCGUUUCCUCUCCCGAUCGCCCUCUCCCUUAUUUCCCCCGCGCCCUCGAUCCUAUUCUUCUCCCGCCCCCUCUCCCAUGUUUCUCCCCUUCCCGCCCCCACACCCUCCGCCCAACAGGGACAACCGGAAGCGCGUGCUUCAGCUGCUGCUGUGCUCGUGCUACAGCCCUCCUUCCCCCCACCCUCAGCCGUCCUUCCCCCCACCCUCAGCCCUCCUUCCCCCCACCCUCAGCCCUCCUUCCCCCCACCCUCACGCCUCCUUCCCCACCCUCAGCGCUCCUUCCCCACACCCUCAGCCCUCCUUCCCCCCUCCCUCAGCCCUCCUUCCCCCCACCCUCUGCCCUCCUUCCCCCCACCCUCUGCCCUCCUUCCCCCCACCCUCACGCCUCCUUCCCCCCACCCUCAGCCCGACUUCCCCCCACCCUCUACCCUCCUUCCCCCCACCCUCACGCCCUCCUUCCCCCCACCCUCACGCCAUACAUCCCCCCACCCUCAGCCCUCCUUCCCCCCACCCUCUGCCCUCCUUCCCCCCACCCUCAGCCCUCCUUCCCCCCACCCUCAGCCCUCCUUCCCCCCACCCUCUGCCCUCCUUCCCCCCACCCUCAGCCCUCCUUCCCCCCACCCUCUGCCCUCCUUCCCCCCACCCUCAGCCCUCCUUCCCCCCACCCUCAGCCCUCCUUCCCCCCACGCUCUGCCCUGUUCCUCCCUGUGGAGAGCGGCAGUGGCUGCUUGACCCCCAUCGCACACACGUACUCCCCUCCGACGCGCACGCUCCCUCCCCUCCGACGCGCACGCUCCCUCCCCUCCGACGCGCACGCUCCCUCCCCUCCGACGCGCACGCUCCCUCCCCUCCGACGCGCACGCUCCCUCCCCUCCGACGCGCACGCUCCCUCCCCUCCGACGCGCACGCUCCCUCCCCUCCGACGCGCACGCUCCCUCCCCUCCGACGCGCACGCUCCCUCCCCUCCGACGCGCACGCUCCCUCCCCUCCGACGCGCACGCUCCCUCCCCUCCGAACGCGCACGCUCCCCUCCCCUCCGACGCGCACGCUCCCUCCCCUCCGACGCGCACGCUCCCUCCCCUCCGACGCGCACGCUCCCUCCCCUCCGACGCGCACGCUCCCUCCCCUCCGACGCGCACGCUCCCUCCCCUCCGACGCGCACGCUCCCUCCCCUCCGACGCGCACGCUCCCUCCCCUCCGACGCGCACGCUCCCUCCCCUCCGACGCGCACGCUCCCUCCCCUCCGACGCGCACGCUCCCUCCCCUCCGACGCGCACGCUCCCUCCCCUCCGACGCGCACGCUCCCUCCCCUCCGACGCGCACGCUCCCUCCCCUCCGACGCGCACGCUCCCUCCCUCCGACGCGCACGCUCCCUCCCCUCCGACGCGCACGCUCCCUCCCCUCCGACGCGCACGCUCCCUCCCCUCCGACGCGCACGGCUCCCUCCCCUCCGACGCGCACGCUCCCUCCCCUCCGACGCGCACGCUCCCUCCCCUCCGACGCGCACGCUCCCUCCCCUCCGACGCGCACGCUCCCUCCCCUCCGUACUGCGCACGCUCCCUCCCCUCCGACGCGCACGCUCCCUCCCCUCCGACGCGCACGCUUCCCUCCCCUCCGACGCGCACGCUCCCUCCCCUCCCUCCCCGUCCAUCGUCACGCCAUCCCACAUCUCCCCAUCCCUCACCUCCCCGUCCAUCGUCACGCCAUCCCACAUCUCCCCAUCCCUCACCUCCCCGUCCAUCGUCACGCCAUCCCACAUCUCCCCAUCCCUCACCUCCCCGUCCAUCGUCACGCCAUCCCACAUCUCCCCAUCCCUCACCUCCCCGUCCAUCGUCACGCCAUCCCACAUCUCCCCAUCCCUCACCUCCCCGUCCAUCGUCACGCCAUCCCACAUCUCCCCAUCCCUCACCUCCCCGUCCAUCGUCACGCCAUCCCACAUCUCCCCAUCCCUCACCUCCCCGUCCAUCGUCACGCCAUCCCACAUCUCCCCAUCCCUCACCUCCCCGUCCAUCGUCACGCCAUCCCACAUCUCCCCAUCCCUCACCUCCCCGUCCAUCGUCACGCCAUCCCACAUCUCCCCAUCCCUCACCUCCCCGUCCAUCGUCACGCCAUCCCACAUCUCCCCAUCCCUCACCUCCCCGUCCAUCGUCACGCCAUCCCACAUCUCCCCAUCCCUCACCUCCCCGUCCAUCGUCACGCCAUCCCACAUCUCCCCAUCCCUCACCUCCCCGUCCAUCGUCACGCCAUCCCACAUCUCCCCAUCCCUCACCUCCCCGUCCAUCGUCACGCCAUCCCACAUCUCCCCAUCCCUCACCUCCCCGUCCAUCGUCACGCCAUCCCACAUCUCCCCAUCCCUCACCUCCCCGUCCAUCGUCACGCCAUCCCACAUCUCCCCAUCCCUCACCUCCCCGUCCAUCGUCACGCCAUCCCACAUCUCCCCAUCCCUCACCUCCCCGUCCAUCGUCACGCCAUCCCACAUCUCCCCAUCCCUCACCUCCCCGUCCAUCGUCACGCCAUCCCACAUCUCCCCAUCCCUCACCUCCCCGUCCAUCGUCACGCCAUCCCACAUCUCCCCAUCCCUCACCUCCCCGUCCAUCGUCACGCCAUCCCACAUCUCCCCAUCCCUCACCUCCCCGUCCAUCGUCACGCCAUCCCACAUCUCCCCAUCCCUCACCUCCCCGUCCAUCGUCACGCCAUCCCACAUCUCCCCAUCCCUCACCUCCCCGUCCAUCGUCACGCCAUCCCACAUCUCCCCAUCCCUCACCUCCCCGUCCAUCGUCACGCCAUCCCACAUCUCCCCAUCCCUCACCUCCCCGUCCAUCACUUCUAUGGUCUUCCUCUCCCUCUCCCCAUCCGUCCUCAUACCAUCCCUCCUCUCCCUAUCCGUCCUCAUACCAUCCCUCCUCUCCCCGUCCCUCCUCUCCCUAUCCGUCCUCAUACCAUCCCUCCUCUCCCCGUCCCUCCUCUCCCCAUCCGUCCUCUCCCCAUCCGUCCUCUCCCCAUCCGUCCUCUCCCCAUCCGUCCUCUCCCCAUCCGUCCUCUCCCCAUCCGUCCUCUCCCCAUCCGUCCUCUCCCCAUCCGUCCUCUCCCCAUCCGUCCUCUCCCCAUCUGAUCGUCUCCCCAACCGUCCUUCCCCCAUCCGAUUCUCUCCCCCUCCCCUUCAGAGUCGCGCAACAGAGGCCUACGUGGUGCUGCAGGGAUCCCUUCCCCCUGUCCACCCAACCCCAUUUCCUCCCUCCAUCACUCCCUCCCUUCCUGCAUUCCCCCCUUCCGCCCUCCCUCACAUCCUUCAUCACUCCCUCCCUUCCUGCAUUCCCCCCUUCCGCCCUCCCUCACAUCCUUCAUCACUCCCUCCCUUCCUGCAUUCCCCCCUUCCGCCCUCCCUCACAUCCUUCAUCACUCCCUCCCUUCUUGCUUCCGCCUGCCCGCGCUCACUCUCUUCCCAUUGCCCGCCCUCCUUCCCUCCCGUCAACCACGCUACGUCCCUUUCGUCGCUGAUGUGCACUCCCCUUGAACGAGCACGCUCAAUCCCCUCCCGUCCUGUCCUAGCCCCUCACCCCGCCCUGUCCUAUACCCUCACCCCACCAUGUCCACACCCCGUCUCCUCCACACCCCAUCCCCUCCACAUGCCAUCCCCUCCUCACCCCAUCUCCUCCUCACCCCAUGUCCUCCUCACCCCAUCUCCCCAUCCCCGCCCCAACCCACUCCGCCCUGUCCUAUACCCUCACCCCACCCUGUCCACACCCCAUCUCCUCCACACCCCAUCUCCUACUCACUCCAUCUCCUCCUCACCCCAUCUCCUCCACACCCCAUCUCCUCCUCACCCCAUCUCCUCCACACCCCAUCUCCUACUCACUCCAUCUCCUCCUCACCCCAUCUCUUCCACACCCCAUCUCCUCCUCACCCCAUCCCCUCCACACCCCAUCUCCUUCUCACCCCAUCUCCUCCUCACCCCAUAUCCUCCACACACCGUCUCCUCCUCACCCCAUCUCCUCCUCACUCCAUCUCCUUCUCACCCCAUCUCCUCCUCACCCCAUCUCCUCCUCACCCCAUCUCCUCCACACCCCAUCUCCUCCUCACCCCAUCUCCUCCACACCCCAUCUCCUCCUCACCCCAUCUCCUCCUCACCCCAUAUCCUCCACACACCGUCUCCUCCUCACCCCAUCUCCUCCUCACUCCAUCUCCUUCUCACCCCAUCUCCUCCUCACCCCAUCUCCUCCUCACCCCAUCUCCUCCACACCCCAUCUCCUCCUCACCCCAUCUCCUCCACACCCCAUCAGAUGCCUCCCCCCAUCUCCGUCUCACUCCAUCUCCUCCUCACCCCAUCAGAUGCCCCACCCCAUUCCGCUGCACCCCAUCUCAAGAGUGCCCCAUUCCGCCCCACCCCAUCUCAAGGGUUCCCCAUUCCACCCCACCCCUCAAAAUCCCCCCAUUCCGCCCCACCCAUCUCUACCCCACCCCCUCUCCGCCCCACCCCAUCUCUGCCUCCCGCUUGUCUCCCCCAUACCCCCACUCCUAUUUUCCCCCAAAUAUUUCCCUUGUUUCAUCCCUCACGCCCCCACACCCCGUUCUGCAGCUGCGUCCAGAAUAGCCCGCCACAGCUGCUGCUGUGGCGAGCGGGUAUGGCUGCAGACGGGGGUCACAAGGUGAGGCACACCGCUGUCAUGUGCUCUGUUGUGUGGGGCUGUUCUCUGCGCACCACUGCUCUGUGGCUCUACGGUGCUGUGCUGUGA